UGCCGCAGGCCCGGAGGCUUAGCGGAGGCGGCGGAGCUUGUUCCCUCGAGGCCAGCCAUGGGCCCGCGCCGCAAGCCGACGACCCCGACGAGGCGCUCCUCUGAACCCUCGCGACGGAGCUCCCAUCUAGGCAGGAGACGGAAAUUUCUGUGGCUUAAGGAGAUAAAGAAACUGCAGAAGAGUUCAGACCUCCUGCUAAGGAAGCAGCCUUUCAGCCGAGUUGUAAGAGAAAUAUGUGGGAAAUUCACUCGAGGUGUGGACCUGUAUUGGCAAGCCCAGGCCUUGUUGGCCCUUCAAGAGGCAGCAGAAGCAUUUCUAGUUCACCUCUUUGAGGACGCCUAUCUUCUCACCUUACAUGCUGGCCGAGUCACUCUCUUCCCCAAGGACGUGCAGCUGACCAGGAGGAUCCGAGGCAUUGAGGGAGGACUCGGCUGAGCUGGCAGUGUGCUGUAGAGCCUAUACCUGGGACCUUCUGGAGCCACAGUGACACCAGUGGCAUCUGAGGAGCUGCCUGGACUCAGCCGAUUUUGAACUCAUGUACACAUCACCUUUAAACUUUCUAAAAGAGAAGACUUUGUGGCUUUUCUCUGUGACAGAAAAAAAAAAAAAAAAAGAUCAUCUGCACAACGUCCAUGGACAUGAGUGUUUGCAGACCACAGGUCAGCUUUGACUUGUGAACUGCUCAACCAUAUAUGACUGUUUAAGGGUUUCGGGCACAUGAGACCUGCUGUUAGGAGGGGAUAUUGUUAUUUUAGCUGUGUAUGUGCUGCCGAAGGAAGUUCUUGCUAUUUUAGUCGUUCUGGUCUAUGUGCAUCUUUUACCAUAUGUGUAUUUGUAUUACCAUUUAAAAUAUUAGGGAGAAAAAUCUGGGUAAAAUGAUUGAAUCUGUUGUAGGGAAAGUCCUGGCAGUUCCGCCAUAUAAAUGUCUGCCUUCUAGACUCUCAUCAUUAGUGCCUGUCAGCAAACAUGCAGUUAACUAAAACUGAAUGUAAAUCUUCCUUCCCUUAGAUGCUGGGGCUUGAGUCCAAAGCUUUGUAUGUGCUAAGUGUGCACUGUACUGUUGAGCCACAUCCAUAGCCUGAAAUGUACAGUCCUUCUGUAAAUUCCUAUCAAAAUCAUCCAGAAAGCCCCUCAUAGAACUGGACAUCUUAUUCUUAGCUGUAAAUCAUAUAAAAUGUACCAUAUCAGUCUGGGGUCUUAAAA